GUGUCAUGUUCGAGCUUGCGUCUGUAAAUAAGAUUAAGGUGUGGGUUGGCCAUUUUAAAAAAAAAUUGUUGCGACGGCAGGUGUAGUUACAGACUUCAGUUUAAAUUUGUUUCUUGGGAAGAGGUAUCAGACCACAAAACAUGUCUUCUCAACCCAGCUUUGAAAUGCGCCUGCUUCAGGCCGUCCUUCUUUGGGGAAAUUUUGUCAUUAUGUGCUGUGGGAUUGCUCUGAUGGCCAUGUGCAUCUUCUUCGUUUACGAUCGUGACCACUUGCAUACCCUGGUAUAUUACACAGGAAGUGACAGUAUCUGGAGAGCAGCCUGGAUAGGCAUUUUCACAGGUUUUGCCCUUUUUUGCGUGGCAGCAUAUGCAAUGUAUGCCAUCAUGAAAGAAAAGAAAAUACCCGUGCUUGUGUAUAUAAUUCUCAUGAUGAUUGUUUUUGCCUUCGAAAUGGCAUCUGCUAUUACAGCUGCAACGCACGAAGACUGGUUCGGACCAGAAAUUUUCCUGACGGAGAUGUUACAAAAGUACGAUCAACAAGUACUGCCAAACAACACAAAUGACAUGAACCAAGUACAGGAGAUAACAAAUGCAUGGAAUCAGCUCAUGAUUGAGAAAAGCUGCUGUGGAGUAAAUGGGCCACAAGACUGGUUGACGUACAAUUCCAGCUUCAGGCAACAAUACUCAGAUGCCAGCUACCCCUGGCCAAUGCAGUGCUGUCAGCAAAAUGCAAUGGGUGGUAUCGUCCAGUUACGGGGAUGCCAGAUUGGGGUGAACCCCUAUCUGUCUACUACGGGCUGCUAUGCUUACAUUGCUGGACCAAUAAUGACACAAGGCUUGGCAGUCUCCUGGUUUGGAUUUGCAAUUUUGUGUUGGGUUUUCUUCGUCUUGCUGGGCAUGAUGUUCUACUACACUCAAAUUGAUUAGUAAAGAAGAUGCUCAAUCACAGAAGAAGAAGCAAUGGAAUUUAUUUCAUUAUUGUUCCCAUAAAUAGGUAAAUCAAGGUGUUAUGUCAAGGAGUUUUUUUUUUUAAUUAUUAUUAUAUGUAUGGCUGUUAUGUGGUGUUUGGUAUUCAAAACUGCUGAUAAUGUUUACAGUAAUGCCUAUUUUGAUACAUGAAAGUUUGUUACUAUACCAGUUAUGUUAUUCAUAAAAUAAUGAAUAAAAUAAUACAAGAAAUAUGGAAGAAUAAUAUAAUUAUGCAAAGAUCUCUGGACACAUCAACCCAUUUCCUUCUACAUCUUUUGGGCAGUACAUAAUUAGGAGUCACAUGUUAAGAGAAGACGGUGCAUUGAAUAUUUUUAACAUAUAUUUUCUUCUUUUGUGUACUCACUUUUGUUGUCCCUAAAUAUGUAUUACUAUUUUUGUAUUACACUUCAAUUAUCGGCAAAUUGUACGCUGCAGAUUUUUUCCCUUGUAUUAUCAAAGAUUUUCCAAGCACAUGAACAGUGUUUAACAGCAAGAGUCUCACACUGUUCUAAAAGAUUUCACUAUUUAUGCUGUUCUGGAGGAAUUUCAGAAGCUGUUCUAUUAAAAAAUAAAAUUAAAAUUAAAAGUG